CGCAAUGUCCGUUGAAUCAGUGACCACAAACUAAGAACAAACAUGGACAUGAUGUCAUACUAACCUACUUCACACUUCACAGCAGUGCAGUGUUAACAACGAUCAGUGUUGUUGUAUCAGUAGUUCAUGACAGACGUUUCGUAGUUUUUGCGAGGACCGAGUGCGAUAAUUUCAGCUUUAAGUGUAUUAUGCUAAGUUCCAUUUUGGCAGCGACGCGGCGAGGACACCUGUUACUGCAAAAUAAUAAUUGUAUUCCAGCUGCCAGAAUGACGAGCAUACACAGCGCGUACGUGGCGGAGGUGCACGACGUGCCCAUGUCGGUGAUCAUCCGACCCUUCAUCCCCGAGCUCGACGAGGCCAAGGUGCAGUCCCUCAUGGAGACCAUACAGAAAGAGGAGGAGCAGGGCACGGUGCCGCCUAUCGACGUGCUGUGGAUCCAGGGUUCGGAGGGCGGCGACUACUACUACAGCUUCGGCGGCUGCCACCGGUUCGCGGCCUACACGCGGUUGCGGCGUCCCACCAUACCCGCCAAGCUCAUCCGCUCCACCGUCACCGACUUGCGCACAUACCUCGGCAGCAGCACGCCCGACUUGAAGUGAUUUAAUACAUAACGUGUAGCAUAGUUUCCAGGAUAUUUUAUCCAGUAAAAUAAGAGCUCCUAUCCUGAGGCUAUACGCGUCGAAAUUACAAAGUCGCGGGAAAAUAUGCAGCGCUAUAACUUUCAGCCUGAAAGUGUAACUCUGCGCUAAUACGAAGCUAAAGUUCCGGACCGUAUAGACCCAGGCUUUACAGUGCCUUAUGUUAAGCUGCAAAUUGCAAUAAGAGAAAGAGAAUGGUUUUUAGGAAGAACCAUUCUCUGGUCUGCAUACUCAAAUGUGAUAAGUUACAAUUAUUAUAAAUUAUAAUAUUAUUAUGUUCAUGU